AUGCUUAGGAAUAUACCGUUGUACAACACGCUAGGUUAUGAGAUGCCUAAGAAGAGACCAGAACUCAAACUGCCUAAUCUCGGGCUACCAAGGUCUACAACCACAGCUGAACAUCUGCAAGCUUGGUCUGAUGAAUGCGACCAGAUAAUUGGAAGCAUGGAAAGUUUAGAAGAACAAAGUAAGGAAUGGGAUUUAUGGUAUGACCAGAUGUUUUUGCAAAAGCAGCCACCUGGGAUUUCUGAUGCAGGAAUAUUAUCGCCUAAGAAGAAGUUGAACUCUAGCACCUAG